AUGCGGAGAACUGGCGAUGACGAUGGAAAGUCUUUUAAAAGAUUGACCGAGCGGGAAAAAUUAGCGGUGUUCGUGGAGGUCAGGCGAAUUCUUGGAAAUUCUGAUGCCUUUAGCUCCUUUGAAUUCCCGUCUGUGAGUGACUGCGCCGUCUGUGGACUCGUGGGGAGGAGCAACGAGAGAAGCCCCGCCCACCUCCACGCCGGGCCCGACCUCCCUCUCCUAUUGGCCGGCUCGUGGGCGUCCCACCGCUGCGAGACACGCCCCUAUGGGAUGUUCCUCACCCGUCACAUCGUCUUCAGCCCCACCGACAACGACUGGAAGAUGACCUUCCGCUACUAUCAUGACCCCGAGUGCAGCCGCCCAUCCUUCACCCUCGCAGCCCACGGAUCCUACGCCCGCGCCGCCCCUUCGCCCUACGCCUACGACUUCCACGUGAGCCGCAUGGUCCUGACGCCCGACGACGCCGACCUGGCCAACGCCCUCAACUCCUACAAGGGGAAGGAGUGCGGGCGGCCCGGAUCGUGGGACAAGGGGAAGCCUCAGGACAUCACGCCCACGGGAGGCUGUCAGGCCGUGGGCGUGCGAGUUCCUGUUGUCGAAAAGGAGAUUUUGCGCUCGGGUGUGGACGAGAACGGCGGCAUGUGGCUGGCACUCGGACAGACGGCCACGACGCCCCUGCAAGUCGGGGGCCUCGCUCGCCCGACCAGCUGGGGACCUCAACUGAUCAGUGUCGGCACUACUCGCCGCGGGACAUAGAUAAUAACCUCCAGCCUAUGGUGGGAGCUCGCACGGCCUACUCUGCCGCCUACAACCACGCCCAGUCACUUUUCAGUAUUGUCUUCUUGUGUCUAAUUGUAGCGAUCCAGGCACCUUGAAGGGAAAGAUCGGGAAAGGAAGGUUAAUUUGAGUUACCCCUCUAAAUGUAAUCGCGUCAUAGAAAACGAUAAAGUUUCAAGGGAAACUAAAAUAAACUUAGAAGCAAUCAAAUUUUCCUGUAACUCGCUCUUGCACAGAAUUAGCAAGUUACAGAUUUAGAAUUAAGUAUUCUAGUUGUAUGGUUUAGCAUGUCCCCCCAUCUUCAGACGCAAAACUAUAAUUUGGGUGAAGGUCUUGAUAACAUUAACUUAUAAUUCAUAGCCAUUACCUCAGACACAGCAAUAUAAAUCCACGUUUCACUUUUAUUUGGUAUUUUGGCGGUAUGAAAUAUUAAAAAAACUAAACUA